AUGGAAGGAGGAGCUGCUGCUGCCGUUGAAGUUCUAGUUCAAAACCUCAUCGACCUCUGCAAGAAAGAGAUCUCUCAGAUCCGAGGUCUCGACAAAGAUGCAGCAAAGCUAGCUGGGAGUCUCGACGUGAUAAAAAAUUUCUUGAAGGAUGCCGAGACGCGUGAGAUCACCAGCGAUGCUGUCAAGAGCUGGCUGAAGAAGCUUGAAAACGAGGCGUUCGCUGCUGACAAUGUUUUGGAUGAACUCAACUAUCAUAUUCUCUCCAAAAAAAUUAAGGCCACCAAACCCAUGAGGGCGAAGGUACUAUCAUGCUUCUCAUCAUCCUUCAAUUCUAUUGCGCGUCCAAGAAAAAUGGCUGUUAGAAUCCAAGAAAUCAAUGAGAAUUUGGAGUCUAUUAAGAAAGAGGCCACCGAGCUUGGCCUCGUAGCGAAGCUUGAAAAUGAGCCCACCUUGGUUAAUACUGCUAUUUUUGAAACUGAUUCAUUCACUGAUGAUCCUAUUUUCAUUGGAAGAGAUGAUGUUGGGUCGAAAAUAGUUGGGAUGCUUAUGAAUGGCAUCAAAACUGAUGAACGUGCAGUUUCCAUCCUUCCAAUUGUGGGGAUGGGGGGAUUGGGGAAGACGACAUUGACUAGGAAAGUCUUCAAUCGUCUGAAGAAUGAGACUCAGUUUGGAUCAUAUUUGUGGGUGCAUGUUUCCCCAAAUUUUGAUGCAAUAACUCUUUUCAAGAAAAUUCUCAAUAACUUGACAUCUUGUCAAGUUGAAAAUGCGAGCAGGGAAGAUAUUCUUGCAAAGCUUAAAGAAGCUUUGAAAGAUAAAACUUAUCUUCUUGUGCUUGAUGAUGUAUGGAACCAAGAUGGUUUGAAAUGGGAAGAUUUUAUGAAUUCUUUUUCGGGAGUUAGUUGUAUCGAGGGAAAUGCCAUCGUUGUUACUACCAGAAAUAUGGAGGUGGCUUCAAUUGUGAAUACACUUCAUAUACAUGAGUUGAAAGGCUUAUCGGAGGAAGAGUGUUGGUCAAUAAUAAGAGCAAAAGCCUUCGGAAAAAAAGAUGUUCCAUCAGAAUUUGAGGCCAUUGGGAGAAAGAUAGCAAGAAGGUGUCAAGGUUUGCCAUUAGCUGCCAACAUAGUUGGGGGAGUGCUACGCAAUAAAUCCGAGGAGAAAUGGCGUUCAGUCGAGGAGAAAUGGCUUUCAGCCGAUGAGGGAGGAGAUAAUAUCACAAAUAUAUUGAGACUGAGCUUCGAUAAUUUGUCUUUGCCAUCACUUAAGAAGUGCUUCGCAUACUGUGCGAUGUUUCCUAAAGGCUCCAAAAUCAGCAAAUGGAAACUGAUUGAGAUGUGGAUGGCAGAAGGUUUUCUUCAAGCUGAUGAAAGGGAUGAGAUGGAGUCCGUGGGGGAAAAAUUUAUCAACGUUCUUCUUCACAACUCUUUACUGCAAGUUUCAUGGAGAGAUAAUGACGGAAAUGUAAAAGAGUGUGGCAUGCAUGAUCUUGUGCACGAUCUCGCUUGUUCUGUUUCAAGUUCGUCUAACAGUACAGGUGGUAGCAGCCGAGUUCGAUACAUGACUCUCAAAGACAACUAUUGUGGAGACGAUUCAAGUCGUAUCCCAAAAGAAAUGACAAAGUCUUUGCGUACAUUACUAAUAACAUCCAAAGCUGAUAUUUCUGAUGUCAACUUCUCAGACUUGGAAAGUUUGCAUGUUUUACAUCUUCACUCUGAAGUUAAAAAGCUGCCAAGUUCGAUUCGGAAGUUGAUACAUUUGAGAGAUUUUGACAUUUCAAAGACAAGAAUUAGAUAUUUGCCGGAUUGGAUUGGUGAAUUCUUUCACUUGCAGACGUUGAGAGUUGACUCAAGAUGGUUGAGAAAACUGCCAAGUACGAUUAAGUACUUGAUUAACUUGAGGCAUCUUUAUAUUACUAAGGAUGUAGAGUACUUGCCUAUGGGAAUUGGGAGAUUAACUUGUCUCCAAACGCUAACGCACUUUCCAGUGGGCGACGACUACGAGAAUGGCUGCAAAAUUGAAGAGGUCGGAAGUUUGAAUAAUCUUAAAGGAGAGUUACGGAUUCGCAAUCUCAAAAGGGUUCAUGACAAGGAAGAGGCUUGGAAAGCGAAUUUAUUCAAAAAGUCAAAAAUAUUGAAGUUGAGUUUGGAAUGGGAUAGAUAUUUCAGAAGAGAAGGUGGAACAUAUGAUGAGGAUGUAUUGGAAGGCCUUCAACCUCACUCAGAUCUGAGGCAGUUAGUGAUUUACGGAUUCAAAGGCAGUAGGUUUCCAUUAUGGACUCAGAAGAUGUCAGUUCGAGAUGCGCCUCAAGGCUCUUGGCUGCUACUUAACAACUUAAUGUCGUUAACACUCUGGGACUGCAGAGAAUGUGAAGAGAUCCCAAUGUUGGGGCACUUGCCCAAUCUCAAGUCCCUUAAGUUGAGAGAAUGGAGGAAGUUGAAGUGUAUAAAUUCAUCAUUCUACGGAAUGGUGAACAAGGACACACGCAUUGUUUUUCCAGCUCUCGAGAAGUUCCAAUUGUAUCAGAUGCCUAAGCUGGCAGAGUGGGCAGAAAUAGAAAUUUCGGAUGGAAGUGAAGUGAAGUUAUUUCCUCGCCUCCAACAUUUGGAAAUUAAGCAUUGCAAGCAAUUGAUGAGUGUUCCAAUGUUGGGGCAGUUGCCCAAUCUCAAGUCCCUUCGGUUGGAAGGAUUGUGGAAUUUGAAGUGUAUAAAUUCAUCAUUCUACGGAAUGGUGAACAAAGACACACACAUUGUUUUUCCAGCUCUUGAAACCUUCCAAUUGUAUCAGAUGCCUAAGCUGGCAGAGUGGGCAGAAAUAGAAAUUUCGGAUGGAAGUGAAGUGAAGCUAUUUCCUCGCCUCCAACAUUUGGAAAUUUACAGGUGUGAGCAAUUGAUGAGUGUUCCAAUGUUGGGGCACUUGCCCAAUCUCAAGUCCCUUGAGUUGAAAAAAUUGAGCAAUUUGGAGUGUAUAAAUUCAUCAUUCUACGGAAUGGUGAACAAGGACACACGCAUUGUUUUUCCAGCUCUCGAGAAGUUCACAUUGGAAGACAUGCCUAUGCUGGCAGAGUGGGCAGAAAUAGAAAUUUCGGAUGGAAGUGAAGUGAAGCUAUUUCCUCGCCUCAAACAUUUGGAAAUCAAUGAGUGCGAGCAAUUGAUGAGUGUUCCAAGUUUGGGGCAGUUGCCCAAUCUCAAGUCCCUUGUGUUGAUUGGAUUGAGCAAUUUGAAGUGUAUAAAUUCAUCAUUCUACGGAAUGGUGAACAAGGACACACGCAUUGUUUUUCCAGCUCUCGAAAAGCUCGAAUUGUAUCGCAUGCCUAAGCUGGCAGAGUGGGCAGAAAUAGAAAUUUCGGAUGGAAGUGAAGUGAAGCUAUUUCCUCGCCUCCAACAUUUGGAUAUUUAUUUUUGUGAGCAAUUGAAGAGUGUGCCAAGUCAUGUCUCGUCAUGCCUUCAACAUUUGUCAAUUAGUGGGAUCGGUGUGGAAUGUCUGCCAGCUGAUUGGUUAUUGAGUAACAGCGAGACUCUCUCUUAUUUGCGAAUAGUGUACUGCCAGAAUUUGAGAGAAAUAUCAGAUAGGUGGGGAGAAGAAGAAUCAGAAGGAAGAAGCUUCACAAUCACAUCCCUCCCUAUAUUCCCUCGUCUAACAUAUUUGGAUAUUGAAGGCGUUCCUAAGUUAAGUUUGGAGACUGUGGAUGCAAUGCGGCGCCUCGAAGCUGGUGCCUACAAAUUCAUUGAGCCGUGA